CACUGGGCAUCCGGCUGUCAGCCGGGUCAGCAGUCUCUUGGUCAUCCCCUGCACCCUGUCCGCAGUCUCUUGGUCAUCCCCUGCACCCUGUCCGCAGUCUCUUGGUCAUCCCCUGCACCCUGUCCGCAGUCUCUUGGUCAUCCCCUGCACCCUGUCCGCAGUCUCUUGGUCAUCCCCUGCACCCUGUCCGCAGUCUCUUGGUCAUCCCCUGCACCCUGUCCGCAGUCUCUUGGUCAUCCCCUGCACCCUGUCCGCAGUCUCUUGGUCAUCCCCUGCACCCUGUCCGCAGUCUCUUGGUCAUCCCCUGCACCCUGUCCGCAGUCUCUUGGUCAUCCCCUGCACCCUGUCCGCAGUCUCUUGGUCAUCCCCUGCACCCUGUCCGCAGUCUCUUGGUCAUCCCCUGCACCCUGUCCGCAGUCUCUGGUCAUCCCCUGCACCCUGUCCGCAGUCUCUUGGUCAUUUCCUGUACUAAGUCCGCAGCAGUCUCUGGUCAUCCCCUGUACUGUGUCCGCAGUC